AUGGCUGAGCAGCUGAGAUUUGACGGCCAGGUCGUCGUCGUCACCGGCGCCGGCGGCGGCCUCGGCAAAGCCUACGCCCUCUUCUUCGCCUCGCGCGGCGCCAGCGUCGUCGUCAACGACCUCGGCGGCUCCUUCAAGGGCGAGGGCAACUCCAAUAAGGCCGCCGAUGUUGUCGUCGACGAAAUCAAAGCCGCCGGCGGCAAGGCCGUCGCCAACUACAACAGUGUCGAAAGCGGCAACCUCAUCAUCGACGCCGCCAUCAAGGCCUUUGGCCGCAUCGAUAUCCUCCUCAACAACGCAGGCAUCCUGCGCGACGUCAGCUUCAAGAACAUGAAAGACGCCGACUGGGACCUCAUCAUCAAGGUCCAUGUCAAGGGCGCCUACAAGUGCGCCCGCGCCGCCUGGCCCCAUUUCCGCAAGCAAAAGUUCGGGCGCGUCAUCAACACCGCCUCGGCCGCCGGCCUCUUCGGCAGCUUCGGCCAGACAAACUACUCGGCCGCAAAACUCGCCAUGGUCGGCUUCACCGAGACCCUCGCCAAGGAGGGCGCCAAGUACAACAUCCUCUGCAACGUCAUUGCCCCCAUCGCCGCCAGCCGCAUGACCGAGACCGUCAUGCCCCCCGAUGUGCUCGAGAACCUCCGGCCCCAGUGGGUCGUGCCCCUCGUCGCCGUCCUCGUCCACAAGAGCAACACGUCCGAGACGGGCGGCAUCUUCGAGGUCGGUGGUGGCCAUACCGCCAAGCUCCGCUGGCAGCGUUCCGGCGGUCUGCUCCUCAAGGCCGACGACUCGUACACGCCCGGUGCCAUCCUCAAGAAGUGGAACAAGGUCGUCGACUUCUCGGACCCCCAGUAUCCUACGGGCCCCAACGACUUCAUGACCCUGCUCGAGGAGUCGAUGAAGAUGGGCCCCAACGAGCAGGGCGAGAAGCUCGACUUUUCCGGCAGAGUCGCCCUCGUCACAGGCGGCGGCGCCGGCAUUGGCCGCGCCUACUGCCUCGCCUUUGCGCGCCACGGCGCCUCGGUCGUCGUCAACGAUCUCGCCGACCCGGACACGGUCGUUGGCGAGAUCAAGAAGAUGGGCGGCAAGGCUGUCGGCGUCAAAGCCUCGGCCGAGGACGGUGACGCCGUCGUCAAAGCGGCCAUUGAUGCCUUUGGCCGCAUCGACAUCAUCGUCAACAACGCCGGCAUCCUUCGUGAUAAGGCCUUUACCAACAUGGACGACAAUCUGUGGGACCCCGUCAUGAACGUCCACUUGUACGGCACCUACAAGGUGACCAAGGCCGCCUGGCCCUACUUCCUCAAGCAAAAGUACGGCCGCGUGCUCAACACGACGUCGACAAGCGGCAUCUACGGCAACUUUGGUCAGGCCAACUACGCCGCCGCGAAAUGCGGCAUCCUCGGCUUCUCGCGUGCCCUGGCCCUUGAGGGCUACAAGUACGGCAUCUACGUCAACACGAUUGCCCCCAACGCCGGCACGGCCAUGACGGCCACCAUCAUGCCCGAGGAGAUGGUCCAGGCCUUCAAGCCCGACUACAUCGCCCCGCUCGUCCUCGCCCUCUGCAGCGACAAGUGCCCGGACCCGACGGGCGGCCUUUACGAGGUCGGCAGCGGCUGGUGCGGCCGCACCCGCUGGCAGCGCACCGGCGGCCACGGCUUCCCCGUCGACGUGGAGCUGGUGCCCGAGGAGGUGCUCAAGCAUUGGAGCGACAUUGCCAACUUUGACGACGGCCGCACCGACAACCCGGAGAAGACACAGGACUCACUGCAGAAGAUUAUGGCAAACAUGGAGAACAAGCGAGGGUCCUCAAGCCAGGAGGGAGGCUCUGGCGCGGCUGGCAACGAGCACCUCGCCGCUAUUGCCAAAGCCAUCAAGACCGAGGGCCCGCCGUCCGAGUUCAAGUACGAGGAGCGCGACGCCAUCCUGUACAACCUGGGCGUCGGGGCAAAGCGCACCGAGCUCAAAUACGUCUUCGAGGGCAACGAGGACUUUCAGGUGCUGCCGACGUACGGCGUGAUCCCGCCCUUUAGCACGGAAAUGGCGUUUGACUACAACGCCAUUGUGCCCAACUUCUCGCCCAUGAUGCUGCUGCACGGCGAGCAGUACCUCGAGAUCCGCAAGUUCCCGAUCCCAACGACGGCGCGCCUGGUCUCGCGCGGCCGCCUGCUCGAGGUGGUGGACAAGGGCAGCGCCGCCAUUGCAAAGAACGGCAUCACGACGGUCAAUGCCGAGACGGGCGAAGACGUCUUUUACAACGAGAUGACCGUCUUCCUCCGGGGCUGCGGCGGCUUCGACGGGCCUGCCAAGGGGCGCGAUCGCGGGGCGGCGACGGCGGCGAAUGUGCCGCCGCAGCGGGCGCCGGAUGCCGUGGUUGAGGAGCAUACCAAGGAAGAUCAGGCGGCUAUUUACCGCCUGAGCGGCGACUACAACCCCCUCCAUAUCGAUCCUGCAUUUGCCAAGAUGGGCGGCUUCAAGGCUCCCAUCCUGCACGGCCUCUGCACCUUUGGAAUUGCCGGCAAGGCCGUCUAUGACCGCUUCGGCCCCUUCAAGAACAUCAAGGUCCGCUUCGCCGGCCCCGUCAUACCCGGCCAGACGCUCGUCACCGAGAUGUGGCGCGAGGGCAACCGCGUCGUCUUCCAGUCAAAGGUCAAGGAGACGGGGAAGCCCGCCAUUGCCGGCGCCGCCGCGGAGCUCAUGCCUGGCGGCGACACGGGCAGCAGCCUGUGA